AUGGCUUCUUCUUCUUCUUCGGCCUCAAUUUUAGAUCCCCCCACAGAACAGGACCUCGAGGAUGCGUACCGUGCAGUCCCGGCAUCUGCCCGCACAGGAACAAUCGACAAACCUACUGGCUCAUUUGACCCUCGGAUUCCUGAUAUUCUUCCGCAUGAACAAGUUUUCCAAAUCCAAGUCGGCGAGCGUCUUUUCAAGCUAUCUGGAGCUUCGCUUUCAUCAGACGCGCCGUCAUACUUCACAACUUACUUUCUAAAACAUCGUGAUGUCCCAGCCCAUUCUGCACCAACAUUAUACAUUGACCGAUCGCCACGGGUUUUUGAACUUAUUGUUUCCCAUUUGCAAGGAUACUAUGUUGUUCCGGAGUCCGACGUUGAAUUCGUGUAUCUGCUUUUGGAUGCAAAUUACUUCCACCUUCCUCGAUUAACUCGGCAGCUUGCAACAGCAGAGAUUUUUGUACGUAUUGGGUCGAAAGGGUUCCGUAUCUCGCGCAAUAUCUUUUCGGGUCCUGGAGAUUCUCCAAACUUUUUCUCGCUCGGGUUUUCCACAUUUUUUGGGAGCGAGAUUUCCCCUCCCUCAAAGACCUUUAAGCGGCCACCUCCAGUGGCUCCACCUACGGUUCCACAUCGCUCCGGAGAUUUAUUUCGCGACUUGUUAGUUGUUCUUCAAGGAUCCCAGUUGAAAAUUCGAGACGACGAUCACCGCGCUCGUCUUCUUUCCGAGUGCAGGUAUUACCGAUUUCUGGGUCUUGAACAGCGCCUGGUUGCUCAUGCUAUUCGUACCAACCGGGUCCGUCAAACAACCGAAAUUGUUAUUGGACUACCUGAUGUGCGCCCAAAAACUGCCAAAUUCAAGGAAGUUGCCCGGGCUUUAAUUCCGCGGAGUAGCAUGGAGCUUAUUAAUAACACGCCAACUUUACUUGCCAAAUUACAAGAAACAGUCGACCUCAAGGCACCACCACUACCAAAGAUUUAUACCAUAUUUUAUCGCAGACCAUAUAUUGAUUCCGAGGAUCGAGAACUUGUAGUGCAAGUCAAAGGCACUGACUGCGAGUUCAAGGAAAUAGCUGGACUGUUCAAAACACAAGGUCAAUGGGAAGUUGUAUUUUAUGAUGCAGCAGCACGGCAAAUGGCUGCUCUUGUCCAAGCUGCCGUAACUGCAGCCAACGCGCCUCUAGAUGAGGACGGUAUUGCCAUAAAACAAGAAGAUGGUGCACCAGCACUGACACCAGAUGUCGGUGCACCACUGAGUGACCAAGUAACGGUUCCACGGGCACCGCGUGGUGGAUACUACGUUUGUGCAGACAAUGCCAGCAUUUUACUUAACGGAAAGCUUGUGGAUCCAGUUGAUCCCGACAGCUCUUCAAGAAAACGGCCAAGAACGGAUUCCGGCGGCGAAGAAAGUAAUAGUAAUAUUCCUUCUGGCUCUAUCCAAAUGCUUCUGAGCCGGUCACAAUGGCGAAUCAUACAUGUCCAAAACCUUGUAAUGUUGGAACUGUUGCGUGCCGAGGGUCACUGCGGCCAACGAUUUAUUAACACGACCCGAGACUUUAUUUAG